AUGUUUCAAAAUCAUUAUACUUCCUUCAACUAUCGCCAAACUUAUGUAAGAAAUCAUUAUAAUCCCUUUAACAAUAUACAAUCCCAUCAUAUAUCGAAUGAAAGAGGUAAUGAAAUAAAUGAAGAACUAUAUACACAUGAGGAUAACAUUAUUAUUGAUAUAGAACUUGAUCAUGAAGAAAACGAUAAUACUGAAAAUGAAGAAAUCAUUAACGAAGAAUCAUCUGAUGAGAAUUCCAGUAAACUUUCUAGCAAAGAAGAAUCUGAUAAAGAAUCCAGCGAGAAGUCUGACGAAGAACUUGAUGGAGAGUCUGAUGAUGAAUAUUUUAGCAAAGAAUAUUUUAGCGAAGAGUCUGAUGAAGAACUUGAUAAAGAUGAAAAAAUUGUUGACAAGUCCUUAAAAAAAUGA